AUGAUAAGUAAAAAAGAAAUCAGUCAUGCUGAGGAAAAUCAACAACUCUUUGACGAUGUCGACCAAAAAAAAGAUGCCAUCAACUUCCUGGAUAAUUAUUCAUUAGCAGAAAUAUUCAUGCUUCUGCCAAUACCAGAUAGAAUGGCCAUGGAAAAAAUUUGUCCGAAAUGGAAAGAAGCCUGUAAACUUGCUUGGUAUGAUAUCAAAAAAUACAAAUGUAGCCAUACAAUUGAUCGUGCUCAUAAUGACCAGUUGCUGACACAAUCAUACGUCGAAAAAUUAUUAUUAUUCUGUGGUAUUUAUAUAAAAGAAUUGUCUCUUUCGAAAAUUUGCAACUCAAGUAUGAUGCCAAUGAUUGGUGAGCACUGUGAAAAUUUGACAAGACUUGAAUUUGUUCAUAAUGGUAAAUUAAAAUUUAAUGCCAAUGGCUACAUUGAAGCGUUUACGAAAUUAAAAAAAUUAAAAUACAUUGAAAUACAAUUAAUUCAUAUGGAUUGGUGUCUUAGAAGAAAGUUUCCUUGGGAAGCAAUCAAUUAUCUUCCAGAAGAAAUGAAUGAAAUUCAUUUACUUAUUGGACAAAGCCUCUCCAAAGAAGCAGUGUUUUUUGAUUUAAAAAGAUUUAAGAAUCUUCAGAAAUUGACAUUAAUUGGGUGCAAUCUGAAUAAAAUUCUUCAAGCAAUAUCAGAAAAAACAACACUUAAUUAUCUCGACCUGGCAUACUUUCGCCUGACCAAAAAAUGCACAUUUAAUAUUGAACAUGUAUUCAAUCAACUUGUGAACUUGGAGCAUGUCAGCAUUACAAUUGACAAAUCUAAUCUGAAUGUCCCCAGUUCUAUUCUUAAUACAUGCAAAAAUAUACGACAUCUUUAUUUACCAACGUUGAACAUUGAACUGCGACCUGAAAUUUCAAUCGAAAACCGGGAAAACUGGGAAAACUUAAAGAACUUGGAGCAUCUUACUAUAAGUUGGAAAAUAACUGAUGAAAUUGCAAUUAAACUUGUCAAAUAUUGCAAGAAAUUAAAACACUUAGAUAUUUCAAAAAUGAAUACAGAUGUCAUAGAAUCUGCCUUGCAAAAAUUGACAAAAUUAGAAAAUCUUGAAUGUUUGAAAGUUGGUCCCAUACAUAACUUCAGUGGCGAAACAAUAGCUGCAAUAUCAAAUAAUUGUAAAAAACUUAAAAAUCUGAAAAUGAAUGGCAGGUAUUCUAUGAUUUGGGCUCUUGAACAACCUCGGCCCUCAUCGGUUCUUAAUUAUUUAUUAAAACUGCAAUAUCUUGAACAACUAAGUUUGCCAUGGACGACGAUAAAUGAACUUGACGAGAAGAGUAUAAUUGCUAUUGUUGAUACAUGUAAAAAUCUGAUGAAGCUGAAUUUAAAUUUUUGUAGGAAUAUUACUGAAACAACUCUCAUUGCUUUAACCAACUCUGAAUCAUUAAAAAAAUUAAAGGUUGCUUAUAUUGAUAAUGUAACAGACAAUUUUAUCUCCAAAUUGAAAGGAUUAAAAUAUUUGGAUUUUAGGGGCUGCAAAAAUAUUACAGAUGCUGGUGUUAUUCAAUUGAUAAAUAAUUGUCCCGAUCUUGAAUAUCUUAAUAUUUACAAUACUCAUGUUACAACUGAUACGAUUAUUGGUGCCUCUGAAGCAACUAAAAAUCGUAGUAAUAAUAUUAUUUUGUAUCUAUGCGUUGAAAAGAUACUCAAAAAAUCGUUCAAGUCACUAAAUAAAUCUAUAUGGUUGGCUCUUGAUCUUUAUUCUUGA